CAACCACCAGGAGACGAUGUAGCGCUUUCAAACACUCUUGUCCUGAGUGACGCACGAAGAAGGUUGAACUGCGCGCGGGCAGCGGAGAUAUGGCAGAGAGCGGAGUUUCAGAGGGAUCGGAAUCCCUGCGUCUAUAUGAAGCACAGUUCUUCGGCUUCACCCCAGAGACCUGCACUUUACGAGUCGGUGAUGCCUUUCGAGACUCCCUCAAUCACAUAUUGGUCGCUGUUGAAUCUGUGUUUGUGAAAAGAUUGUGUCCAGGCCAGGAUCCCCCAGCGCAGCUCCGACUGGCAGCCCGAGAAAGCACCCAAAAACUGCGGCAGUUCUUACAGGAGCGCUUUGAAAUCAUGUUUCAGCGCAUGAAGGGAAUGCUGAUGGACCGCGUCUUGUCCAUCCCUCGCAAUGUCCUGCUGCCCGACGACCAGCUGCAUCAGAAGUACCCAGAAGGCAAAGAAGAGCUCAUGAAGCUGCAGGACUCCAUUGCAAAGCUUUUGCAGGCUUAUCAAGCCGAGGUGUGCGCCAAGCAAGUGCUUCUCGCUGAGCUUGAGGAGCAGAAAGAAACGCAGAAACAGCUGGAUGAAGUGCUGCAAUGGAUCGAGGAACUGCGACUUUCAUGGAGGCGAGAGGGAAUGGGAAAUUUCCAAGACGGCAUCCGACACAUGAUGGAUACUGUGGGACAACUGCAGGAUGUUUUAGGAAAGAUUAACAAGCGAAAUAAAGGACUGGAUGAGGUUUGAGGUUUUAUUUGUAACAUUUGACACCUCCAAACUUACAGCCCUGUGAUGAAAUUGCAUGGUCCAUCCACCAGGGGGAGACAAUCUAUUUGGUACAAUUAACAAGCAAGUACCAUGAUCGAAGCAGUACAUUUGUAAUCAAGAUAUUUUCCUCAGACAUUUGAAAUGCAGUCCAUCUCUCCUUCCUCAAAGUCACUGGGUUUUCUCAAUUACGAUUCAGUGCCUUUUAUGUUCAGUACAGUGAAAUCUGCAUUCGAUUAGCCCAAAUUUCCUACAAUGCCCAAACUGAUGUGUCCAGCAGCCUGGUGGGAUUUACACUUUACAGAAAGUUUUAUGUUGUCUGAGGAGAUAUUUUAAGGUCUUGCCCUUAAAAAAGAUUUUAAAUUCAUAUUGACUUCUACAGGACCUCAUCACCAGCAGAGGAACACCUCUGUUUGUACAUAGUCUGAAUCUAAAUGACAGUACUUGGAUUGAGUUGCUAAGUGCAAAAGUUAGAAAUAAAUGUAACAGACUGAUAUGCUAGUAGUUUUGUCCAUAACUGUAAAUAGCAAUAAAAUGAGUUUGUGUUUG